GCGGCGGGCGGGCCGGGGAGGCGGCGCCGCGGCCGCCCCGCCAAUCACCCGGCGCCGGGCAGCGCCCCCGGCCGCCCCGCCCGCCGCGCCCUCCUGCCAAACUGUUACCCUGCGCGCCGCCGUCAGGAGCAAUGACAUCAGGGCUUUACAACAACUUGUUAUUCGGGGAGCAAUCAGUUGCAAUUAGGCAUUAAUUAAGUAUUAUGAAAGUUGAUUAUUUAAGUGAAUUCGGCUUUCGACUCUCCGACUAUGUUUUCCGCGCUCCUGGAAGAGUUUGGGACCAAAGCGAGGAGCAUGGAUCUCGGAACAGCUGAAGGCACCCGGUGCACCGACCCGCCCGCAGGCAAGCCCGCCGCCAUGGCGGCCAAGCGCAAAGGCGGCCUGAAGCUCAACGCCAUCUGCGCCAAGCUGAGCCGCCAGGUGGUGGUGGAGAAGGGGGCGGAGGCCAGCCCGCGGAGGCCCCAGGACAGGGAGCGGGGCGGCCCCGAGCCCGGGGCGGCCCGGGGCGCCCGCAGCGAGGAGGACAAGCGGCGGGCGGUGAUCGAGAAGUGGGUGAACGGGGAGUACAGCGAGGAGCCCGCGCCCGCGCCCCUGCUGGGCCGCCCGGCCCGCGAGGGCCCGGAGCUGCCGCCCGAGGGCGUGUACAUGGUGCAGCCCCGCGGCUGCAGCGACGAGGAGGACCCGGGCGAGGAGCCCAAGGACGGCGCCGCCGAGAGGGACGCCGACAGGCCGGCCUCCAAGGACGGCGGGGGCCCCGGCGCCAAGCAGCCUGCAGGGGAGGCCUCCUCGCUGCGGGACUACGCGGCCUCCACCGUGACCGAGUUCCUGGGCAUGUUCGGCUACGACGACCAGAACACGCGGGACGAGCUGGCCCGGAAGAUCAGCUUCGAGCGGCUGCAGGCGGGCGCGGCCCCCGAGGCCUCCACCACCGCCGCCCCAGCGCCGCCCGCGGGCGAGGACGCGCUCAGCAAGCGGGCGCGCUUCUCCAAGUACGAGGAGUACAUCCGCAAGCUCAAGGCCGGCGAGCAGCUGUCCUGGCCGGCCCACGGCACCAGGGCCGAGGAGCGUGCAGCCGGCAAGGACCCGGCGGCCGGCGCCCUGCCCGGCCUGCGGCUGCCCGGCCACCCGGCCCCGCACCUGGAGACCAAGGCCACCAUCCUGCCGCUGCCCUCGCACGGCGGCGUGCCCAUGCAGGGCCUGGUGGCCCGCGCCUCCAAGUACGACUUCUUCAUCCAGAAGCUGAAGACGGGCGAGCACCUGCGGCCGCAGAACGGCGGCACCUACAAGAAGCCGUCCAAGUACGACCUGGAGAACGUCAAGUACCUGCACCUGUUCAAGCCGGGCGAGGGCAGCCCCGACAUGGGCGGCGCCAUCGCCUUCAAGACGGGCAAGGUGGGCCGCCCCUCCAAGUACGACGUGCGGGCCGCCCCGAAGCCCGGCCCCGCCGCCAAGGCGCCGCCCGCGCCCAGCCUGGCCCCCGCGCCCCUCGCCGGCGCGCCCGGCGCGCCCGGAGCGCCCAGCGCCGCGGGGCCCGGGCCCGAGCCCCCCGCCUCCCUGCCCUUCAACGCGCCCGAGUACCUGAAGUCCACCUUCUCCAAGACGGACUCCAUCACCACGGGGACCGUGUCCACCGUCAAGAACGGACUGCCCACAGAUAAACCAGCUGUCACCGAAGAUGUAAACAUUUACCAGAAAUAUAUUGCCAGGUUCUCGGGCAGCCAGCACUGCGGCCACAUCCACUGCGCCUACCAGUACCGCGAGCACUACCACUGCCUGGACCCCGAGUGCAACUACCAGAGGUUCACGAGCAAGCAGGACGUCAUCCGGCACUACAACAUGCACAAGAAGCGCGACAACUCGCUGCAGCACGGCUUCAUGCGCUUCAGCCCGCUGGACGACUGCAGCGUCUACUACCACGGCUGCCACCUCAACGGGAAGAGCACCCACUACCACUGCAUGCAGGUCGGCUGCAACAAGGUGUACACCAGCACGUCGGACGUGAUGACGCAUGAGAACUUCCACAAGAAGAACACACAGCUCAUCAACGACGGCUUCCAGCGCUUCCGCGCCACCGAGGACUGCGGCACGGCCGACUGCCAGUUCUACGGGCAGAAGACCACCCACUUCCACUGCAGGCGCCCCGGCUGCACGUUCACCUUCAAGAACAAGUGCGACAUCGAGAAGCACAAGAGCUACCACAUCAAGGACGACGCGUACGCCAAGGACGGCUUCAAGAAGUUCUACAAGUACGAGGAGUGCAAGUACGAGGGCUGCGUGUACAGCAAGGCCACCAACCACUUCCACUGCAUCCGCGCCGGCUGCGGCUUCACCUUCACCUCCACCAGCCAGAUGACCUCGCACAAGCGCAAGCACGAGCGCAGGCACGUCCGCGGGGCCGGCGUGCUGGGGCUGCCGCCCGCGCUGCUGGGCGCCAAGGACCCCGAGCAGGAGGAGUCCAGCAACGACGACCUGGUGGACUUCUCCGCCCUGAGCAGCAAGAACUCCAGCCUGAGCGCCUCCCCCACCAGCCAGCAGUCCUCCGCCUCCCUGGCCGCCGCGGCCACGGCCGCCGAGGCCGCACCCGGGCCCGCCAAGCCCCCCGGCAAGAUGCCCGGGCUGCUGUCCCCGGCCCUGCCCGGCGCCAUCCCCCUGGCCCUGGCCCUCUCCAACUCGGGCCUGCCCGCCGCCGCCGCCUCCUACUUCUCCCUCCUCCCGGGCAGGGGCAGCGCCUCCCUGCCCGUGGGCACCCCGGGCCUCCUGGGGGCCAUGUCGUCCGGGGCGGCAGCCUCGGCAACGCCCGACACCCCCGCGCUGGCCGCCGGCUCGGGAGCCACCGGCGACUCCGCCCCCGCUGCCGCCGCCUCGGUCCCGGUGCCCCCUGCCUCCAUCAUGGAGAGGAUCUCUGCGAGCAAGGGCCUCAUCUCGCCCAUGAUGGCCAGGCUGGCCGCGGCCGCCCUCAAGCCCUCUGCCACCUUUGACCCAGGAAACGGGCAGCAGGCCACCCCCGCCAGGUUCCCCCCGGCCCCGGUGAAGCCGGAGCCCGGUGAGAGUGCGGGCACCCCCGGUCCCCACGAGGCCUCCCAGGACCGCAGUGUAGACCUGACGGUGAAGGAGCCCAGCAAUGAAUCAAAUGGCCACGCAGUCCCGGCAAAUUCAUCUCUUUUAUCCUCGCUUAUGAAUAAGAUGUCUCAGACCAACCCCAACCUCGGCAGCCUGCUGAACAUCAAGGCGGAGGCGGAGGGCAGUCCCAGCGUGGAGCCCUCGGCCUUCCUGGGCAAGGCCGCCAAGGCGCUGGCUCCGGAGAAGCUGCCGGAGCCCUGGAAGCUGUACCUCCGCAGGUUCGGUACCAAGGACUUCUGCGACGCGCAGUGUGACUUCCUGCACAAGGCCCACUUCCACUGCGUGGUGGAGGAGUGCGGCGCCCUCUUCAGCACCCUGGACGGCGCCAUCAAGCACGCCAAUUUCCACUUCCGGACGGAGGGAGCAGCCGCCAAAGGCAGUGCAGAGACCUCCUUCCCGGGCGCAGCGGCCGAGACCAAACCUCCCUUGGCCCCCGCGUCCCCGCCGGCGCCGCCGGUCCCCGCGGCCGCCGCCUCCUCCCUGGAGGGACCCACCCCCAGCCUGGCCGCGGUGCCCUCCGCCCCCACCCUGCUCGCCUGGAAGCAGCUGGCUUCCACCAUCCCCCAGAUGCCUCAGCUCCCAACGCCAGUGCCUCACCUGCCCUCCUCGCCCUUGGCGACGACUUCUCUAGAGAACGCCAAGCCCCAGGUCAAACCCGGAUUCCUCCAGUUCCAGGAGAACGACCCCUGCCUGGCGACGGACUGCAAGUACGCCAACAAGUUCCACUUCCACUGCCUCUUCGGGAACUGCAAGUACGUCUGCAAGUCCUCCGGCAAGGCCGAGUCCCACUGCCUGGACCACAUCAACCCCAACAACAACCUGGUGAACGUGCGAGACCAGUUUGCCUACUACUCGCUGCAGUGUCUCUGCCCCAGCCAGCACUGUGAGUUCCGGAUGCGUGGGCACUACCACUGUCUUCGGACCGGCUGCUACUUCGUGACCAACAUCACCACCAAGCUGCCCUGGCACAUCAAGAAGCACGAGAAGGCCGAGCGGCGGGCGGCCAACGGGUUCAAGUACUUCACCAAGCGCGAGGAGUGCGGCCGGCCAGGCUGCAAGUACAACCAGGUGAACAGCCACUUCCACUGCAUCCGCGAGGGCUGCCAGUUCUCCUUCCUGCUCAAGCACCAGAUGACCUCCCACGCCCGCAAGCACAUGCGCAGGAUGCUGGGCAAGAACUUCGACCGCGUGCCCCCCUCCCAGGGCCCCCCGAGCCUGCUGGACACCGAGACGGAUGAGUACAUGGACUACACCGGCUGCAGCCCGGGCGCCGUGUCCUCCGAGUCGUCCACCAUGGACCGCAGCUGCUCCAGCACCCCCGUGGGCAACGAGAGCACGGCGGCAGGGAACACCAUCUCCAUGCCCACGGCCUCGGGGGCCAAGAAGCGCUUCUGGAUCAUCGAGGACAUGUCCCCGUUCGGGAAACGGCGCAAGACGGCCUCCUCCCGCAAGAUGCUGGACGAGGGCAUGAUGCUGGAGGGCUUCCGGCGCUUCGACCUGUACGAGGACUGCCGGGACGCGGCCUGCCAGUUCUCGCUCAAGGUCACGCACUACCACUGCACGCGGGAGAACUGCGGCUACCGGUUCUGCGGGCGCACGCACAUGUACAAGCACGCGCAGCACCACGACCGCGUGGACAACCUGGUGCUGGACGACUUCCAGCGCUUCAAGGCCUCGCUGCGCUGCCCCUUCGCCGACUGCCCCUUCUCGGGCGCCAGCACGCACUUCCACUGCCUGCGCUGCCGCUUCCGCUGCACCGACAGCACCAAGGUCACGGCGCACCGCAAGCACCACGGCAAGCAGGACGUCAUCAGCGCCGCCGGCUUCCGCCAGUUCAGCUCCAGCGCCGACUGCGCCGCGCCCGACUGCAAGUACAAGCUCAAGUGCUCGCACUUCCACUGCACCCACCCGGGCUGCCGCCACACGGUGGUGGGCAUGUCGCAGAUGGACUCGCACAAGCGCAAGCACGAGAAGCAGGAGCGGGGCGAGCCGGGCCCCGACGGCCCCGCGGCCCCCGGCCCCGGCCCCGGCCCCGGCCCCGGCCUGGCAGCGGCGGGCGGCCUGGACGGCGCACCGGCGCCGGGCCCUGAGCCGCCCGCGGGCGCCCCGCUCUUCCUGCCGCGGCCCGCCGGCCUGGGCCUGGGCCUGGGCCUGGAGCAGGGCGAGGCGGGCGACCCCAGCCCGCCCGACGGCCCCGGCCCCGGCCCCGCGCCCGGCCCCGCGCCCGCCGAGUCCUCCCCGGAGGAGGAGGAGGACGCCGAGGAGGAGCCGAACGAGGAGCCGGAGGAGGAGGACGAGGAGGACGAGGACGAGGACGAUGAUGAGGAGGAGGACGACGAGGAGGACGAGGACCUGCACACCGACUCGGAGGAGUCGCUGCCCGAGGCCGGGCCGGGCGCGCGGAGCCCCGAGCGGGCAGGCCUGGGCGCCCCCGGGGCCCCCGCGGCCCCCGCGCCCGCCGCCUCGCCCUAGCCGCCCGCCGGGCCCGGAGGGACAGCCGCCCGCCCGGGGGCUCGCCUCCUGGUUGGUAUUGUUAUUGAUUUUGUAAGAAACGGUAUUUAUACGUCAAGCUUCCCUCUGUACAGAGCUCGAUGUGUGUGGUGGCUCCGGCGUCGGGGCGCCCCGGGCUCGCCCCCCGCCGCCCGCCGGUGCUUCUGGGCCCCGAGUCCGUCUCAGGGCAGGCGGGGCCCUUGGUGCUCCGGGCCGCCCGCCCCGCCCCCGCCCGCCGCCCGCAGCCCGCCGCCCGCAGCCUGGCCGCGGGGCCGCCUCUGGCUGCAGGUCGGAUCUUCUUCAGGGAAAUAGGUGCUCUUGUCCGGGGCAGGAGAGGGGAGCGGGGGUCCCCGAGGCCGACCCUCCCCGGGCCCCACGCCCACGCCAGUGGGAUUCCUUAUUGCUCAGGACGGGGGGUCGGGUGCUGGGGGUCCCUGGGACCCCCUACCCGAAACCACCAGAGGCAGCCGCACCUGUAGCAUCUGGCAGGCCCGCCCUGGGCCCUGGGGGGCAGGGGGGGGGGCAGAAGGCGUCAGCAAGGCGACCCUACGGACCUGGGAGGAAACCUCAUGAAUUAGGAGCUCCUGGUCCCUGUGCCCACUGCAGGCCUGGCCCGGCACCCGCUCCAGAGGGCUGGGGCGCCCCUGGGCCGGCCCGGUGACCGCCCCCCACCAGCCCCGGGAAAGGCUGAGCCAGCCUGGGGUGCCGAGCCCACCAGGUCUCAGCCAGGAAAGAUGCGACUGGGGCUUUCCUAGUCAACAUGGGGGGGAAUGCAAGAAAGGUGUACAGUAUUUUUCCUGUCAAGGUUAUUAUUCUACACAGAACAAA